AUGCCUGUCAACCAACCUCCAAGGCCGAGCAUGUUGCCAUGUCAGAUGCGCACUUUGAUAACAACCCUCUUGCUACUAGUGGAGUCAUGUCGCGUCAAUCCAAUGAUUCAGUAUCCUGCAUGCGCUCAAUACGUAGAUGGGUCGGGCUGA